AUGGGGGGUGUCCCACCACCCCCACCGCCCCUGCCUGGCAUAGGGGGUGUCCCACCACCCCCACCACCUCUGCCCGGCAUGGCAGCCAUCCCAGGAGACCAGAUAGAAGCUGUUGUAGCCGCCCAGUUCAGCUGCCCCGUUGGCUUCGCCAGGCCUGUCCGCAAGACGGUGAAGACUCCAACUCUGAGAAUGAAGAAGCUGAACUGGCAGAAGCUGCCUUCCAAUGUGGUGAGAGAAAGUCACUCGAUGUGGGCUUCAGUGGGUAGCAGUGGUGAGGAAAGCAUAGAGCCCAAUUAUACAAGCAUAGAACAACUGUUUUGCUUUCCCCAACCAACUCCCAAGGAGAAAACGACUGCAUCAGUGAAGACAGAACCAAAGGAGAUCACAUUUUUGGACUCCAAGAAAAGUCUCAAUUUGAACAUAUUUUUGAAGCAAUUUAAAUGCUCCAACGAAGAGGUGGUUGCCAUGGUCCAGAAUGGGGACAGGACCAAGUUUGAUGUCGAGGUGCUGAAGCAGUUGCUCAAGCUACUGCCUGAAAAGCAUGAGAUAGAAAACUUGAAAGCCUUCAAAGAAGAGAAAUCAAAGCUAGCAAAUGCAGAUCAGUUUUAUCUUCUCCUCCUUCAGAUUCCCAGCUAUCAGCUGCGGAUUGAAUGUAUGCUGAUCUGUGAAGAGACCAACGUUGUGCUGGACAUGAUUCAUCCAAAAGCUGGAGUCAUCCAGAGAGCUUGUGAAGAUCUUCUGAACAGUCAUCGUCUGCCGCUCUUCUGUCAACUGAUUCUCAAAGUUGGAAACUUUCUGAACUAUGGAAGUCACACAGGGGAUGCUGAUGGGUUUAAGAUCAGCACUUUACUCAAGCUAACCGAGACCAAAGCAAACCAAACCCGCGUGACUCUGCUCCACCAUAUUCUGGAGGAAGUAGAAAACAGCCACACAGACCUACUGGAACUGCCAAAGGACCUUGAAAAUGUUUCAAAAGCAGCAGGAAUUAAUAUUGAUAUCAUACGCUCAGAGUCCAGUGCCAAUUUAAAGAAGUUGCUGGAGCUACAGCGAAAGAUCUCAUCAUCAAAUGAAGAUGUGAAACAACAGUAUGAGAAACCUAUCCAGGAUAGCAUUGAUGCUUCCAGAAAGCUGGAAGAGAAAUUUGAAACCAUUGAAAGGAAGAGAGAAGAACUUGCAAAUUAUCUCUGUGAAGACCCCAGCAAGUUGUCCUUAGAGGACAUGUUUAGCACCAUGAAAACCUUCAGAGAUCUCUUCAUCCGAGCCAUGAAGGUAGGCUUUUGCACACACAGUGCUGCACAACCCCAGGACUGGAGCCUACCUCUGCUCAAAUAG